AUGAACCUCGAAUCUCUCCUCUUACUGCUCGUCCCAAUGGGAGUCCUGUCUCAACGUAUUCUUGGCUGUCGUAUGCCAAACGGGGCCUUAAACCCAAGCCCAAACAUAUGUAAUGCUGCUGGUGGCAGCUUCAGGCAGGUCAAAGCCGGGCCAGGCUGCUGUACCAACGGGCGGGAAGGCCCUGCUGUUACCGAGGCCCGAUUCGCCAAUGGGUGCAAUGACAAUGGCGGACAUAUCGGCUCUGGCGAAGUUCUAGCUACCAGCUGUUAA